CCAAUUAUCCUACCAGCAUGUCUUUGGAGUGUGGCAGGAGGUGCGGUGGCUGGGAUACGAACCAACGACCCUAGUACUGCCAGGCGCAGAGGCGGACUGACAACUCAUGGGGCCCCCGGGCAAUAGGGGAUAUGGGGCCCCUGUGUCCUUGCCCACACUCAAAAAAGCCUAUAAAAAAGGUACCAGGGGCAUUUCAUGGGGCCCCCUACUGACCCCGGGCCCUCAGGCAGUGCCCGAGUGCUCGAAUGGUCAGUCCGCCCCUGGCCAGGCGGAAGUGCUAACCAUUUAGCCACUG